AUGUCUCAACAGCCAAACCCUCAAUCUCCGUCGAAAGUGUCCGCUUCCUCUACUCAUGCUCAAGACGCUACGGAUGUCCCCAUUAACCCUAAUGUGAUUCUUGAGGUCACCCCUUUACAGAUGGUGAUUCCAUACGAUCUUGUGGCAAAAAGGCCAAGGACAUCGCAUGCACGAAAAACCAAAGAGACAGCAAGGAGACCUAAAAAGCCAAAUUCUAAUCAAACUUCUCAAUCGUCUGUUCCUCCCUCUAGGGAAGAAUUAUCUAAAGAAGGCUCUAGGUAUGGUCACAACGCCAUUGCUAAAAUUGUUACCCAUAUCCUAAAUGAGAAUAAUGUUAUACCUGGGAUCUCUGUUCCGUUAAAUUAUGUGCUUCCUGAGUCACAUGACAAUACGCAUGUUAUUAACAAUGCUGGUAACUCUGUCCAAGCAUAUGAUGAUAGGAAUACGAAUGUUAAUGAAGAAAACAUUGUUGAUAAAGAUGUUGAUGAUGCUGUCAAUAGAAAUGACGUUGUGAAUAUGGAUGUGCAUGUGGAUGAAAAUAAUAAGAAUGAUGACGUGGAAGAGACUGUUGGUAAGGACGAUGCUAUUAAUGAUAAUGAUCACACUGAGGUCCCUGUUGAUGCUGUGUACAAUGAAAAGGUACCUAGUAAUGUGUCUUGUGAUAAGGAUGAUAUCCACACUGAAGAUGGUCAAACUAAAGAAAAAGAACCUGAGAAAACCCAGGCUGAUAAAGUCAUCAACCUUGAUGAUCUCUCUGAUGAUGACUUGGUUGCUUCUAUCAAUCCAAGCAUAGCCAAAAGGCUUAUAAGGAGGAAAGGGAAGCAAGCCGUGGCUGAGGACUCUCUGAAGAAAAAGGCUGUGGUUAAGCCCACUUCUGUUGGACCCAAAAAAUCAUGGAGCAAAGUGGUGCCUAAGAAGAGAAAGGCUAGAAUCAUUGCUGAGAAUGAGUCAGAUUCUGAUGGUGCUGUGAAUGUCAAUGACAUCCAUCCUAAGAAGAAGGUCAAUACUACUAAACUUGCUACUAGUGUACCUGAAGUACCUAUUGAUAAUAUUUCUUUUCACUAUCCAUCCAGUUUACUCAGAUGGAAAUUUGUUUAUCAGAAAAGAUUGGCCUUAGAAAGGGAGCUUGCUCAAAAUGCUCUUGAGUGUGAAGAGAUUGUGAAUCUCAUUCAUGAAGCUGGACUGAUAAAAACUGUGACUCAAUUCUCUAAGUGUUAUGAAGUCCUUGUGAAGGAGUUCAUUGUGAACUUACAUGAAGAUUGUGGCAAUAAGAAAGUUAAGGAUUACUUAAAAGUGUUUGUCAGGGGAAAAUGUGUUAAUUUCUCCCCCUCUGUGAUCAACAAAUUUUUGGAAAGAUCUAAUGAAGCUCAACCGGAGCUAGAAGUGUCUGAUAAUCAAAUGUGCAAACUGAAUGCUAGCAAGCUAAGUGUGAAGUAUGCUAUACUUCACGGGAUUGGAGCUGCGAACUGGGUGCCAACUCAACACAAGUCUACAAUUUCUGAUAUCCUAGGUAAAUUCAUCUUUGCUAUUGGUACUAAGACCAAAGUUGACUAUGGAACUUAUAUUUUUGAGCAAACUUUAAAGCAUGCUGGUAGCUAUAGUGUUAAAGGCCCCAUUGCCUUCCCUUCCCUUAUUUGUGGAAUCAUCUUAAAUCAAUUUCCUAAUAUCCUGAAUGACAAAGAUUCUGUGUGCAAAAGAGCAAGUCCUUUACUCUUUCAUCAUAAGCUCUUUCAAGGAACACAUAUUCCUGACGUUGUCACAACAUCAGCUGGAACAUCCAAAGACAACAUAACUACAAGUAAAGCUGCUAUGAUUGCAAUACUCAGAGAAACAUGUAAGGAGCUAGAGUCCAGAAAACUGGCUCUUGAAAAAUUGAUCAGCUCCCUUGAGACGGAUGAAGGAGCUUAG